AUGCAAGGCAAAACCACCAUGGUACCUUCAAUAACCCUCUUCGAAAAACUCGCAUUGCUCUCGAAGAUUUUGCAACUUCCUUUGGUACUCCUCUACACCCUCGCCAUUUCCCCAUUUUCGGACGCGUUAAAGGAAAAGAAGCUCAGACGGCUGCUUUUUGAGGCCUACCUUCGUCAUAUUACUCGGACGGCUACGGUAGGGCAAGUUCAAUGGGCACUCGGGUCGACAACAAGAAUCUACAGGAGUUGGACAAGACAGUGGAGGGUUGAGCCGUUGUUGGAGGAUGUCUCGCAGUCAAGAAAAAGGCUGAUGUGGAUUGGGAGUAAGAAUACCGAGAAGGUUGUGUUCUAUGUUCAUGGCGGAGGCUUCAUGUUACCCAUCUCAGAUUAUAUGCUCACCUUUUGGCUGUUCGUUCAACGCGAAUACGCCAAAAGAACGGGAGGAAAAGAACUUGCCAUUGUCGCAAUGGAGUAUUCUAUCUACCCUCAUACCUUCCCAACGCAGCUAACGGAAAUCACCCAUGCACUAUCACACAUCUUGAACAUUUCCCGCAUCUCACCUUCCAACCUUCACAUCGCAGGUGACUCUGCCGGUGCCAACCUCAUUCUCCAACUCAUCAGUCAUACCCUCAACCCUCUUCCAAUAGACGAAAUACCUCCUUCACCUCUCACUCCCGCUCAACCCAUCUCUGGCGUUCUCCUCAUCUCCCCGUGGUUGUCUCUAGACCAACCAACUCCGUCUUACACCCAAAACGACGCCACAGAUUUCCUUGCCGCAGCUACUCUGACGAGGUACGGAGUGAAAUAUCUCGCUGGUAUUCGGGACAGCCACGUACCGUACGUGAAAGUUCUCUCAGCAGGAGAACAGUGGUUUGAUGGUAUAGACGAGUUGACGGAUCGAGUUCUCGUCACUGUCGGUGGUGCGGAGUGUUUGUUGGAUGAUGGAGUAGGGGUGUAUCACGAAAUCAAAGCUUCUGUUUCGAGGGGGGGAAGAAGAGUGGAUGUUGAGGUGGACGUAGAGGAUGGUGGGGUACAUGAGGAUAUGAUGGUAGAUUGCGCGGCGUUUGGCAAGAAGUUGACGGCUGUUGGGGAGAAGGUUGUUGUGUGGUUGAUGGGGGAGUAG